CUGCGGUCAACUCUACCAUGGCUUCCUCCCGAAGUACAGACGUUAUAACUUAACUUUGGGCAACGCAAUUCUGACGGAUUCCUCUCAUAUUGCGUCUAUCACGUUAAGUGACUGAGAUCUUGACUCUGUAGAUAGAAGUGUUCCUGAUUAACCAACGACAGAUCUUUAACGUGAAGCAACGACAACGUACAACGUGUGACAAUGACCGGAUUUCAACUCUCUUCACUGAUCGCCAUACUCUUGGCAAUCCCAGGCUUCGGACCACCCACAACAACAGCGCAGACGACAGAAGCCCCUGUAACAUGUUCUGCAGCGGUUCAUUUCUGCGAGGAUCCCGAGUAUCUCGCCACCAGGAUCCCAGGCCUCUGCAUCAGAAAGCUGAACUGUAACGGGUGCGCGGCACAAUACCACGUGGCUCGGGCCACAUGCGAGGCUGAAGGGGCUUCGCUUUUGACUCGCAUUAACGAGGAACAAUUCGUGUUGUUACAAGAGGAAGAUUACUACAAUCUACAAGGAUCGUGGAUAGGACUUGAUGAUAUAGCGGUUGAGGGAACGUACGUGUGGAAUGACGGGUCACCUCUGGGAUCCUUCCGACCGUUUCACCCGACCGUACUGAACGACGAGGCGACUGAUUGUGUCAUCGUUGGAAGAAAUGUCGGAUCAGUUUGGGCACCCUACGACUGUAACAACAAAGUACGGUACAUCUGCCAAAAACCUUCAACUUGCCCGAAUGUCACAACCACCCAGACGACUAUCGCAAAUUCAACGACUGAAGUGACAUCGACACCACCCUUGACAACUACCAAGACAACAGAAGCAUUAACGACUAAGGUGGCACCAGACAAAACAACCAUAGUGUCGCGAAAACGGCUUCAAACCCUUCUGUCAAGACAACAUCCCCUGUUGAGGCACCUGUUAGCUGUGGCAAACGAUACUACAGUUAUCCCUACAAGUGUAGAGACAACAACAGUUCUCCUAACUACUUUAGAGACAACAGUUACAGGCGAUACGACGAUUCCACCUACAACGCCCAGAACCACAGUUCUCCCCUCCACAGUAGUGACAACGGAUCCACCUACUACUAUUCAAACAACAACUCCGCUAACAACUGUCGUAACAACCGUUCCGCCAACAACGGUAGAAACAACAGUUCCUCCCACAACCACAGAGACAACUCUUCUAACAACCGUGAAAACAACAACUCCCCCUACAACAGUCGUCACAACAGUUCCCCCUACAACCGUCAUAACGACCGUUCCUCCUACAACCAUAGAAACGACCGCGCCUCCUACAACCGUCGUCACAACAGUCCCUCCCACAACCACCAACGCGAACCCUACGACAGUCAUUGGUGGCACCAAAAGACAAAACAAAGAAGGAGGAUAA